AUGCAGAGUCGUUGUAAAGAAGUUGUACCUUUGCAAGAUGACAUUCAUAUGCAAGAGCGGUCGCACAUAGAAAACUCGUUAAAAGGAAUUGAUUCCAUUACACACCAACUGAGGAGAAUACUGAGCAGUGGCAUGUCUCUGAAGGGCAUGAGUGGGCACCAGCCGGACCGAUCUCACCACCAGGACACAGUCUCGCUCUCCUUCAUUCUCCUCCCACUCGAUUCCUUCCUCACGACCUAUGUCAUAACCCCGGAUUCUGCCCUUCUGCUCCUCACGGCAAAAAAGAAAAAAGCUUCCCCCCUUCUCGCUCCAAACCUCCCGAACACUACCCAACUCCGCUCCCACAAGACACAUAUCCGGCUGGUGAUCCCGAAAUCAGACCCCUCACAGCUUCCUGACCUGACGCCGGAGCCGAUUUCGGAUGACGUCACGGAAGGGGCAGCCAAUCAGGAGGAAGAGCCGGUGUACUUGUGGGAUAGGCUUGACCCUGAGGAUUGCUUUGGCGAGUGCGACCUCGAACUUAAUUUAUAUUCGAUCUUGCAACUAAAGCUAGUGGGUCGUGCCCGAGCGUGCCAGUGCCUGCCUUACUCGACACAGGACUACAUCGCCCUUGGAGGAAUUUUAUAUAAGACGAAACAAGGGAAACAGGAAAGAGAUUUGAUCCUCUGCUCCGUCGACGCGAGCGAGCGGGAAGAGAGCGAGAGAGUUUGUCGCAUCGCCUCCUUCAUCGGCCGUGAAAAGGGGACUAGAUUCUCUUUCUUCAGGAUGAUGUGCCAGCGUGUCGAGACAGGGACAGUCGUCGUGGCCGCCCUACUUAUAGUGUUAGCGCUCGUUUCCGCCGAUACAGCGUGCAGAGACAGCCACCCCUCCUGCAAAACCUGGGCGAACCGAGGAGAAUGCUACAAGAACCGCGGAUAUAUGCACAUCCACUGCGCCCAGUCCUGCGAUCAGUGCGUCGUGCAAGACGAAAAAUGCAAGGACUUCCACGAGCAAUGUCCAGCGUGGGCGAGCAACAACGAGUGCGACAAGAACUACGACUACAUGAGAAAGUCCUGCCCUCGGGCUUGUACCUUCUGCCAGCCUGCGAAUGACCACCGUGUCCCCCAUGUUGACCACAGCAUCGUUGACACUUACUGGGAGAAGUUUAGGACUAAGUAUCCAGGGCUCAGUGUCGUGCAUGGAUAAGAUACGACAACAACAACAACAGAAGCAAUAACAAGAACAACAACACCAAAAGUACUAAGACUAUAAGGGUCACUUUUGUGUGGACUCGUGUACUUUCCUCGCCUCUGGGAUGUUUCUGUAGCCGACGAUUCUGUAAAAGAACCUAUUUUUUUGUUUCUUCUUCUUUUCUUUCUCUUUUCUCCCUUUUUUCUUUCUUUCUGAGAUCUCUGAGAUCCUGUAAAAGAACCUUUUUUUAUUCUUCUCUUUUUUUCUUCUUCCUCUUUUCUCCUUUUUUUCUUUUUUUUUUUGAGUUUCGAAUCGUUUGGUGACGUCAGAGGGAGGCGGCCGCAGAAAUGGCUCUCUAAGCAACUUACACUCGUCGAUUUGUUAAUAUAAGGAAAUAUAUAUAGAGUUACUUCUUUUUUUUGUAAUUAUAAUAUUGCAAAGACGGUUGGGAUGAAGAAAAAUCAAGAUUAUGAGCUUCGAAACACGUGUGUCGAACAUGUUUCGGAGUUUCAUGUAAGACAACUUGAAAAGUCUAUUUUUUUUUAUGGAUUUAGUUUUCCCUCCGUCUAAGAUGUUCGUCACGAGCUGAUUAACAUGCAAAUUACGCUUCUAUAGGUAAUUAGUUUAUCAUUGAAUAGUUAAUCAUCAACUAAAGCAAAUAUCAUGAUUAUUCUCCGCCAUUAUCAUUUCUUUUCACUAUUUUUUUCAAAGCACUCAUCGGUGGCGAAAUGCAAAUGAGGCCAAAUGACUCACUGCAAUUAUUUUCUCUCUCUCU